AUGGUUGCGAUAGGGUUUAGCAAACCUCCUUAUAUCUUCUCUACCAGUUUCAAUGGUUACCAUAGCAAGUGUAAAGUACCAACACCACCUCAAGCUUUACCCAAGGAAAAUUCGAAUGAAUCAGUUGAAUCCAAUAAGAAAUUGAUUGAUUCAAUAUCUAAAGGUUUGAUCAGGCUCGCUGCUGCAGUCUCUGUUUGUUUAGAUUCUCCAGCUCUUGUCGAGUCCUUGACAAUAGCAUUCCCAACUUCUCAUACUCAUGAGGGUGGUUUGGUGAAGGCUGGACUUGAUGUUGCUCAAAUAUGCCUGGAUGGAGAUGAGACUUUAGUGAACACAAUAGAUCGAGAUGGGAACAUGCUUCUUGUUAACAUGAUCAAUGGCCAUGCUCUUACUCUGAGACAACGGCCACAUCAGAAGAAGUAUAAGCUGAGAACUGGCUGUGUUAAUGUGUCCCAUUUUCAUAAACCUGGUAACAGGGUGCACACAAAGGCUACAACUCAAGAAACAUGUAACACUUGGCGAAAAAGGGGAAACGAGGUUUAUAAGAGUGGAGAUUUAUCAGAAGCUGAACAAUCGUGCAACUAUACGCAUGGCUCUUGGAAGAAUGAGGGAAAAUGUCUAAACGACUGUAGAAUGGCUGCUACAUUAGAUCCCAAUUUCAUGAAGCUGGGGAAGCAUAAAGAGGUGGUUCAACUGUGUGAGCAAACCCUAGAUACAUCGGGGAGGGGAACUUCAGUGGUGAAGAUAAUGUUAGGGUUACCACCAUGA